AUUUAUGAAAAAGUUUAUUAAAUAUUCCAACUAAAUGGAUAUUCAUAAAAUGUAUGAUUAAAACAGGUCAAAGGUUUGCAUAGUACAAAAUUGAAAAUUAAAAAAAAAGAGAGAAAAACAGAAAAUCAAUCGAUUGAAUAUAUAAUUGGAACGUGGUCGUAAAUAAUUGAGUGCAUGCAUAAAAGGACAAUCAAAGAGAAAGUAAUAUUGAUAUUUAUAAAGAACGAAUAAUAAGAAGACGAACAUUUAAAAAUGUUUCGAUUAAAGAAAUCCACAAAAUCGACAACAAAAACGGAAAUUCUAACAUCGUCACAAGACAUACCGACAACAACAAAAGAUUGCAAAAAAUUAAUUCUCGACAACACACGAUGGGAGCGGCGAUUACAAAAGGAACUUAUGUCAUUGAUCAAAGAGCCACCGCCAGGUGUUGUCGUUGAUGCAGAUAGUAUUAGCCAAAAUUUGACUCAAUGGAAAAUUAAUAUGGAUGGUGUAGAGGGCACACUCUACGAAGGGGAACAUUUUCAACUUUUAUUUAAAUUUAAUAAUAAGUAUCCAUUUGAUUCGCCGGAGGUAACAUUCGUUGGACCAAAUAUACCCGUGCAUCCGCACGUCUACUCAAAUGGUCACAUCUGUUUAUCAAUUUUAACGGAGGACUGGACACCUGCGUUAUCAGUACAGAGUGUAUGCUUAUCAAUUUCAUCGAUGCUCAGUAGUUGUCGGGAGAAAAAGCGGCCACCAGAUAACACACUUUAUGUUCGAACAUGUAAUAAAAAUCCAAAGAAAACAAAGUGGUGGUAUCACGAUGACUCGGUAUAGAACGAAUCAUUAUGAAACUGUUGACAAUUGAAAUUAUUUAUAAUGAGAAGAAACCAAGAAAUCAAAUCUAGAUAGAUGGACGACGAUGUUUUUGUGGACAAUAUCAAUUGAAACCGGUUGACUCUUGCGUACACACAUACACAUACACAGAGACACCAACACCCAUAUAAAAUACCAGAAAAUAUAUACAUAUAAUCUCUCUCUCUUUUACACAAACACACAUAUAAAUACCAACAACAAAACACGAAGCAACAGAAAAACAAAUAACCACUGCUAUUCACGGUGAAGCAGAGGAACAAGUAAUAGAAAUUUAAAAUUUGUAUGAAACAUCGAUGUGAUUCUCAAAUUUAAAGUAAUGAAAUUGAUAAUGGAAUAGUUUUUAAAUUAUUAUAAUUCCUGUUGAAAAUGUGUAUCAAAUCAUGAAUGAAAAUCAGAAAUCUGCUAAAGCAAAAACAAAAAUGAAAGGAAAUGAAAACAAAUUGCAACUGAUUCAGAUGGGCUGUUUGUGCCAAUAUAUAUAUAUAUAUAUAUAUAGUAUAUAUAUUAAAUGUAUAAUAGAAUCAGGUUGGAUUAUUAUACUAAAAAAGGACAUUCUGUUCAGUUUCGAUAUUUUAAUGAAUCACUCGCUCCCUGCCAACCUGUAGAUCCUAUACAUAACCUUCGUUUUUGUCAUUUGCUACCGGAUGAAAGAAUGAAUUAUUUUACGAAAUAUAUUUUGUAGUACCGACACGAGUAAGUAAACCAGUAUCGCUUUCAAAAUAGAAACAAAUUUUCAACGCAAUCACAUGUUGAAUGCUAUGCAUUGAACUCGAACAAUGCUUUGGAUAUCUUAUUUAGUCUUUUGUUUUAAAUACGGGAGAGAAAAAGCACUUCACAUUCCACACAGACACAGUAAACUCCUAACUUUUUAGGACCAAACGAUUUUCUUUUUAUGUUAGCUGGCAAUAGAUAAAGACAACAAGAUCAGAGACACCCACUUAACACAUUUUAUUUAUACAUAAUAAGUAAUUUACAAGCAAGCAAAAAAUAAACAUGCAAAAUGGAUCGAUUUUCAUCAAACGAAUGUAUUGUAAUAGGUUCAUGUUUUCUUUUGUUUUGUAUACAAUACAUGUAUUUAAACAAAGCCAUUGUAAAUACUAUCCAAAUCCCCGUCCCCGGGAAUAUGUGGAAAUAUGGUAGUCAUGUGAAAUUGUACACUGAUUACAUCAUGGAAAAUCGAGAAAUUUUUAUUGAUUUACCUGAAAUGUUCACGAAGAGAAAAUGAAUGGCUUGAUUAUUUCAUCAACUGUCAAUUGUUACUAUUUUCAUUGAAUUUCUGGCGCCAUUACUAUAAUUUAUGUGUAUAAAUUCAGGUAUUUAAAGAAAUCAAAAAGAAACAAAUUUAAGAUCGAACACCGAAAAGAGAGCUAAAGAUACUGAUUCAUUAAAAAAAUCUCUUUAAUGCGGA